AUGUCCAAAAAAAAUUCGCUCGUCUUGAAACCGACAAUGGAAAAGCGGAUAAAAUUAGUCCCACCUGAUGGAGGAUGGGGUUGGAUGGUUUUAUUAGGAACAGCACUUUCAAACAUAUUCAAUCAGUCUAUGUUGUCUCUGUUCAGUUUGCUAUAUGGGGACGUAUUGAGUUCGAUGGGUCACGAAACUCAAGGUGCAGCUGUCGUUUUAAGUACUAUGUUAUUUGUCACUAAUUUUGGAGGUCCAAUAGCUGGAGCAGUCAUAAAACUAACGAGCCCUAGAUUUGUUGCUGUAUCCGGUGCUUUUUUUUGUACUGCCGGCAUUUUACUCAGUGGAUUUUCGACAAAUAUCUAUCAUUUAAUACUUACUUACGGCGUACUAUUAGGUUUGGGUCUGGGCUUAAUUCAAAAUGCGUCCUUCGUAGCUAUCAACAGCUAUUUUAAAGUACGAAAAAGUUUAGCCGUAGGUCUCGCUAUGGCAGGCACUGGAGUUGGACAGACACUCAUGCCUCAUGUAGUGCGAUACUUUUUGGAACAUUUUGGUUUUAAAGGUGCUUGCUUGCUGCUGGCAUCUUUAAGUUUGCAUGGAAUUUGUGGGACGAUACUUAUACAACCAGUUGAAUGGCAUAUGAAGGAAGUUGAAGAGGAAGUAAUAAUUGAUGAGAAAAUGUACUUAUUAAAAGAAAAAAAUGAUGUUGUAAAGAAUAAAGAAUACAAUGGCGUAAAUGACGACGCUUAUAAAGAUGGCAGGCGAGUUACAGAAUCAUCUGUAACUCCGGAAAAUGGCGGUAAAAAACUGAGCAAUGAAAAAACAUCACAAAGUCAUAAAGAAUUAAAUCAAAAAUUAAUAACUAAUGAAAAAAUAAAUGGAAAUAAUGACAUCCCAAAACCGAAGAAGACCUUUAUGAGAAAGAUGUACGAAUUGUUCGAUAUUUCACUGCUAUCGAGUCCUAGAUUUUUGAACGUAAUUAUAGGGACUGCGCUCACAGUGGUUUCUAUACAAAACUUCAGUAUGAUUUAUCCACUCUUCUUGCAAAAUUUCGCAUCAAUGGACAAACAGCAGACCGCAUACUGUAUGUCAGCUGUGGCUUUUGCUGAUAUCAUCGGUAGGCUUGUUUUGCCGUCUCUGCAGGACAGAUAUCGUAUUAAAGCCCGAACGAUGCUGAUUCUAACCAGCAUUUGGUUAAUUGUUGUUAGACAAAUCUUGGCAUAUCAGACCGACUUAUCCGUCCUCCUAGCACUCUCAGCAUUUUAUGGUUUUGGAAGGAGUAUGGUCAUUGUUGCAAGAAACAUAGCUGUGUCGGAACAGUGUAGAAUGGAUCAAGUACCCUCCGCUGUAGGUUUGGGGAUGUUGACUAUGGGCCUUAUAGUUCCUCCAGUGGGAUACUUCCUAGGGUGGGUCAGAGACUACACAGGCAGCUAUGCUUUGUGCAUAAGCGCGCAAAACUUACUAUUAGUGCUAUUUCUAGCUAUGUGGAUACCUGAUAUGAUUAUGAUUCACUAUGAAAGAAAAAGAGAGAAAAGGAAAGACGCAGAAAACUCA